GUUAGAAAACCUGCCGUAUCUCUGUCGUAAGUCGAAAAUAAAGUUCACGUUUGACCUGCUGUCGCCACGUGAGCUGCAACGUAAAUAGUCCGAUCGCGCGUCGGUUGGCAGUUGUACUCAUGUAAAUGAAACCCAUCUUUUGCAAGUGGCUGACGAGUGUAGCGCCGUCGCGGAAGCUAGUCGGCUAACUCGCGCAAACGGCGUUUCCUUCACGAGGAGACUUCGAUAUUCUUGCGUCGCUUCGUCCAACAAUGAAGGAGUCUCCCGCGAGGCUUGUGAGCGACAUGGGGAGAGAGAAAAACACCAAAGACGAGAAGGUGAAAAGCAAACGGAAACGAAGAAGUAAAGGUGAAGAUGCUGUUGAGAACAGCAUACAUCAUGCGAAAGAAAAUGAGAAGCCAAAUGAGAAGGUCAAGACCGAGUCAGAAGACCAACCCAUUACUGGCGGAGAGCCAGAAGACCUGGACUUUGUGGGAAAGAAGAAAGGAGUUAAAAGAAAAAGAGCAAAAGAAGAGUCUUCUGGGACUGGAACACAUAAAUCGAAGAAAAAAAAACACAAGCAAGAAGAGGAGAGCGACGGAGAGACUGAGAAAAGGAAGGCAAAGCACAAAAGUAAGAAGGCUGUCAAAAAAGAAGAGGGCGAAAACAGUACCUCAAAAAAACCAAAGAGGACAAAGGUAGAGAUCGAAGAGGCAAAGCUAUUGAAGAUCCAAAAAAAGGAGGAGGAGGAGAAAAAUCGCUGGCGAUGGUGGGAGGAAGAGAAGUAUGAAAAUGGAGUGAAAUGGAGGUUUCUGGAGCACAAAGGACCCUACUUUCCUCCACAGUACGAACCACUGCCAAGCAACGUUCAGUUCUACUAUGACGGCAAGCCAGUUAAAUUGAGCACCAAAGCUGAGGAGGUGGCCCUGUUCUUUGCCCAGAUGUUGGACCAUGAAUAUACCACUAAAACAGUUUUCCGGGAGAACUUCUUCACCGAUUGGAGGAAGGAAAUGAGCCAUGAGGAGAGGACCCUUAUCAAAGUGCUGGACAAAUGUGACUUUGGAGAGAUCCAUGCAAUGCACAAAGCCAAGGUCGAGGCACGGAGGAAUCUAAGCAAGGAGGAAAAACUGGCUUUGAAAGAAGCCAACCAGAAGAUAGCUGAUGAAUACGGUUACUGUCUGCUGGACCAUCACAAAGAACGCAUUGGCAACUUCAAGAUUGAGCCUCCCGGACUGUUCAGGGGCCGUGGCGAGCAUCCCAAACAAGGCAUGCUGAAGAAAAGGAUCCGACCAGAGGACGUCAUUAUCAACUGUAGCAAGGAAUCCAAAAUCCCUGAGCCCCCUGCUGGCCACCACUGGAAGGAAGUCCGACAUGACAACACUGUGACAUGGCUGGCCAGUUGGACUGAGAACAUCCAAGGCGCCAUCAAAUACGUCAUGCUGAAUGCCAACUCCAAAUUGAAGGGAGAGAAAGACUGGGAGAAAUAUGAGGUUGCUCGGAAACUGAAGACGUGUGUGGAAGACAUCCGUAACCAGUAUCAACAGGAUUUCAAAUCGAAGACGAUGGAAACUCGCCAGAGAGCCGUGGCCCUUUACUUUAUAGACAAGCUGGCUCUGAGAGCCGGUAAUGAAAAGGAGGAGGGCGAGACAGCAGACACAGUUGGUUGCUGCUCGCUGCGUGUGGAGCACAUCACACUCCAUAAGAAACUGGAUGGCAACGCGUGUGUGGUGGAAUUUGAUUUCCUGGGUAAAGACUCCAUUCGCUACUACAACAAGGUCCCUGUUCUCAGCAAGGUUUUUAAGAAUUUGGGACUGUUCAUGAAGGGCAAAAAACCUGGAGAUGACCUGUUUGACCGUCUUAAUACGACCUCGCUGAACAAACACCUGAGCUCCCUCAUGCCGGGCCUGACUGCCAAGGUCUUCAGGACGUACAACGCCUCCAUCACCCUGCAGGAGCAACUCAAGGAACUGUCCAACAUGUCGGACAAUGUGGCUGAGAAACUUCUCUCCUACAACCGAGCCAACCGCGCGGUUGCAAUUCUGUGUAACCACCAGCGGGCUCCGCCAAAGACCUUUGAGCAGUCCAUGGCAAACUUGCAGGCCAAAAUCGACGCUCGGAAGGAGCUGUUGUCUCAGGCCAAGAGCGAGCUGAAGCAGGCCAAGAAGGACGCUGCAGCGCAAGACAGCUCGGACCAGAAGCUGACAGCCAAAGCAGCUCAGGUGGUGCAGAAGAAAGAGGCGACUGUGAAACGCUGUAAGGAGCAGCUGUUGAGAAUGGAGGUCCAGGCGACUGACCGGGAGGAAAACAAACAAAUCGCACUGGGAACCUCCAAGCUCAACUACCUCGAUCCACGAAUCAGCGUGGCAUGGUCCAAGAACAUGGAAGUGCCUAUAGAGAAAAUAUAUAACAAGACCCAAAGAGACAAGUUUGCCUGGGCUAUCGACAUGACCGAGGAGGACUUUGUGUUCUAACCAUCCACGGCACCCACCUUGGUGCACAUUUCUUUGUGUUCAUCUUUUGUUCUUUUUAUGUUUUUCUGGGGGUGGUUUAGUUUUUAAUUGCACUUAUUUGAGGUUUCCUCACUUUGAUUGUACAUUUGAGUUUUUCCAAUAAAGGUUACUUGUGUGGUCACAUGUUGGGGAAUGUGCUUUAGAAGGACUGAAAAUCCUGCUGAUAAAGUGAGUUGCUUUUAUAUUCAAUUAUGUCAUGUCAGUUUAGAGGGGGACUGAGUUUGCAUUUUUUUAUUUUGAGGUUUGAAUUGUAUUUUAA